UCUCUCUCAUCCUAUAAACACUCGAGAAAAAUACUUUCAACAAACCAUAUUCAUGAACAACCAACAACUAAAAAGCUAAAAAUUUACCUGAAGAAUAUCAAAAUGUCGACAACAUUCAAAUCGAUAAGAGACCGGACAUAUUCAGGUGUAGGAGACCUCAUCAGGCUCCUCCCGACAGGAACAGUCUUCUUGUUCCAGUUCUUGAACCCUGUCCUAACCAACAAUGGACAUUGCCUCCUAAUCAACAAAUACUUAACCGGAGCUCUUAUCGUUAUCUGCGCCUUCUCUUGCUGCUUCACUUGCUUCACCGAUAGUUACCGAACAAGGGACGGCUACGUUCACUAUGGAGUCGCCACCAUGAAGGGUCUCUGGCCAGAUUCAUCUUCGAAAGAUUUGUCUUCGUAUCGGCUUAGAGUUGGAGAUUUCGUUCAUGCUUUCUUUACUCUUAUUGUUUUCAGUGUUAUUUCGUUGUUGGAUGCUAAUACUGUUAACUGUUUCUAUCCUGGCUUCGGUUCCACCGGGAAGAUUUUUCUAAUGGUUUUGCCUCCGGUGAUUGGAGUUAUCUCCGGCAUCAUCUUCACCGUGUUCCCUAGUAAACGUCACGGAAUUGGGAAUCCCUCGGAGAACAACGAUGACAAGGCUUCCGAGCUAGAGAAGUGAUAUGAUUUCCACUAUUAUAUAUAUGCAUAAUAAAAUGAAAUGAUCAAUAUUAAGAUUGUGUAAGUUAUACAUGAAUGGUCACUGUAAUGUUUUGUUUAUUUAUUUUCUUGUGAUUUGUUACUUAUGUUUGUGAGUGCUGAAUUAUAUGUUCAUAUGUUUAUUUAUGUUUGUUUGUGAUCAUAUGUUCUGUGUUUUCUUAACGAUUUUUUUUUUCAAUU